AUGGCAACCAUUACUUCCCUCACCGUUGCCUUGGGGCUCCUCUCACCUGCUGUCGCUCGUCCUAUUGUUCCUCGUGCUUCCACAUGGGCCGACUUGAGCUCUAAGAUCACUCAUGUGGUGUACCUGAUGAUGGAGAACCACUCCUUCGACAAUAUUGCAGGUUACUGGGACUUCAACCCCGACAUUGACGGAUUGCGACACAUCGAGUACUGCAACGAGUUCACCAACCCCAACUGGACUGUGUAUGGCGAGCCGUUGAUGAUCUGUGCCGGUCCUUAUGAGGCUGAAGUCCCUCUCACGGAUCCUGAUCACAACUUUGCGGGCACAAGUUACGAGAUCUAUCGAAAGUGGGAACCCGCAGCCGACGACGUGCCAGACAUGUCAGGAUUCAUCGAAAGACAGUCGGACAAAUACAACGCCACACCUGGCGAAAGCUCCUUCGUGAUCAAGGCUUAUGACACGGCCAAAACCACUGUCCUGAGCACUUUGGCCCAGAACUAUGCUUUCUGGGACAGUUACUACGCCGAACACCCCGGACCAACCAACCCGAACCGACAAUUUGCAACCUCAGGCUCGACCUGUGGCAUGGUGGACAACGGCGAUCAAGCCUCCGGCUGGUUCGCCAAUGUCACGGGCACCACCUGCGCAACCUCCAUCUUCGAAGCACUCAGCCAAAAGGGCAUCACCUGGAGGAACUACUACGAGACCGACAUCAUUGAUUCUUUCAUGUACAAAUGGGUCCAAGAUAAUGCUAUGGACCGGAUCGUCCACGCCGACCAGUUCUACGAGGACUUGAAGAACAACCAACUGCCACAAUUCUCCUACAUCAACCCCGAAUGCUGUACGGUUGACUCCAUGCAUCCGACCAGCAACAUGGCCGCCGGAGAACUGAUGAUCAAGCAUUUAUACGACGCCCUGCGAAACUCUACUUAUUGGGAUCAUGUGCUGUUGAUUAUCAACUUCGACGAACACGGCGGCUUUGCCGACCACGUUCCACCUCCUAUUAACAUCCCGGCGCCCGAAGAUGGCAUCACUUUCUCCGGCGAAUCUGACGGGCACAACGUCACCUAUGACUUCACGCGAUUGGGCGUGCGUGUUCCUGCCUUCGCCAUUUCGCCCUGGAUCCAACCCAAUACUCUCAUCAAAGGCCAAGGGACCAUGUACGCGCCCAACUCGGCAUACACGCACACUUCGUUUCUGCACUUCUUACAGGAACUCUGGUGUCUCGAGGGCUUGAAUAAUCGUGUUCAAUGGGCAAAGACGUUUGAGUAUAUUUUCUCAGACGCGCCGCAGGAAGGGGGUGGCCUGGAGAGUCUGCCCAGUCCCGAGUGGCAUAGUGGCCCUGGACAACCGGAGCCAGAUGCGUUCCCACUCUUGAACCAGGAUUAUAGUUACUAUGAGAGUUUGGAUGAUUAG